AUGCAUAAAUUCAUAUGGGCAAUUCCAUGUGCGCUGCUUUGCGCGCCCGCACUCGUGCAUGCGUCCAAUGAGCCGCUGAUGGCAUUCAUGUCGCCUCGGGCGUCGAAGAAUGUGCUCCGCGCGCCGUCUGCAGAGGCACUCGCGGAGCGUAGCCCAGCAGUCUCGGCAGAGCACAUUGUCAAGCGGAUGACGCACCAUAGCGGACCGAACGGCACGCCUGAACUAUGUGAUCUCGACGCUAUUGUGCACGUCCAAGUCGACGAUUUGGACCACACCACGUUUGCUUCGCUGGGCGGUCGGGGGUCGGACGCGCUGCAGAAGCGCGUGCUGCUGACUCCUUACCAGAUCGCGUUUCAAGAAGUCGACCAGGAAACUAAGACUGUAUCAGACACGCUCAAAGCCGCGGUACUCUCAUUUUGCAGCAGUGUCAGCGGCGCUCCGUGGCGCACAAGCACAGACUUGGGCGACACGGACGCUGAUGCUCGUACACUCUAUUCCGUGGUCGCGUCUGACUUGCAGGCAUCCCAAUCAGAGAUUGCCGCACAGCUUGCUGAUCUGGAAAAUGCAUACCCCGAGCACGUCGUGAUUGUCAGCGCAGCAGCUCCCGGCCUAGCCAGGCGCAGCAUGGAGGCACGACAGGCACAGCCCGGCGAACCACCACGCAGUGCACCGUUCCAGCCACCUGCCAAAUUCUUUGAGCGGUACCAGGUGUUUAGCACAGAGACUGUGCUUAGUAUUGGAAUUGCCGUAUUCUUGCUUUUUUUCACCACGGUCGGCGUUUCGAUGAUCAGCUCUACCCAAGUGCCGGACAAGCUCGGGUCCUCGAGCACCAAUGUUACACAGGAGAAGAAGCGACAGUGA